AUGACAGCUUCCACUACAAACUCCAAGAUAAAUUAUCAUUCGGAAAAUGAAGAUACUUAUGAUUCAGAUAACCAUAACACAUCUAGAUAUAAUGACAUGGAUGACGAUUUUGAUAUGCAUGAUGUUGUUCCAACCCAAUCUUUAAGUAGAAAGACCUCUUCGAUUUUUUCAUUAGAUACAAGCCCAUUAGAUCCGCCAAACCAAUUUGAUAUAGCGAAAUUUACCAGUGAUGAUUAUCAUUUCAGUAUGAUUAGAAAUUUACAUCUAGCUGAUUUCAUCACCAUGAUGAAUGGGUUUUCAGGGUUUUACUCUAUUAUAAGUUGUUUAAGAUUCACAUUGACUGGCAAACCUCAUUAUGUCCAAAGAGCCCAUUUCUUCAUAUUCUUGGGUGUUUGUUUUGAUUUUUUCGAUGGAAGAGUCGCUAGAUUAAGAAAUAGAUCGUCAUUAAUGGGCCAAGAACUGGAUUCUUUGGCUGAUUUGAUUUCUUUUGGUGUAGCACCAGCAAUAGUAGCAUUUGCCAUUGGGUUCCAAACAACUUUAGAUGUAUUGAUCCUAUCGUUUUUUGUCCUAUGUGGGUUAGCAAGAUUAGCAAGAUUUAACGUCACUGUAAGUCAGUUACCAAAGGAUACAAAGGGGAAAUCAAAAUAUUUUGAAGGCUUACCAAUGCCAACCUCAUUACUCUUAGUUGCAGGUAUGGCAUACCUAGUGAAACAUAAUUUGAUUUCAAAUAACUUACCAUUCGGCAUUAUUAGGGAAGGACUUGUUUUAGAAUUCCAUCCAUUUGUAAUCAUAUUCUUCAUUCAUGGCUGUGGUAUGAUUUCAAAAAGUAUGAAGAUCCCAAAACCAUAA